AUGAACUCACUCGAACGGUUGCCGUCUGGGGCUAGGCGCGUGCAGCGAAAUUCGGAGAACGAGAUGCGUAACAAAAUUUUGAUGAUGAAAGCAGAAUGCGACAACCACCAACGCACCUUGCAUCAGCUCGGGGCGACCGUCACGUCCGCCAAAGAGUACGCGGAAAGAUGUAAAACCGAGCGUGAUGAGAUCGCGGCAGCCAUGAGGCGCUACAACCCAGAAGUGAUUCAUCGACAGGAGGAGCUACACCUUUCUGCUGAGGUGGCAGUCCGUCAUAAUCCUCUCGUCGGGAAAAAAUCCAAGCAGCCGGCAAACAUCCGGGAUAUUGUGCGGCAGGAGCUGUCAUAUCUGGUCCCGCUGAAGCCGCCGAAGAAAAAAGACGGGGUCGCGAAGCUGCUCGAGUUCCAGAAGUGGCUAACGGGGCGCACUAUCUUCCCCGCGGCUAUAGAAGGUGCAGAGGGCGCUGCGGUAGUCUCCAAAGACACCAGCCGCCUAAAUUUCAACAUAGAUGACGCCCGUCUCUGCCAAGACCCUGUCCUUUUCAUCCACGACCGCCUCUUCUGGUGCACGCUCCCUGAGCAGCACGGCCUCCUCGUCUGCCCGGAGUUCCAGUACGGUCCGAGCCUCGCGUACUCGGGCGAUAUCUGGACGAAGAUCGCCGAAUGGCGCGCGUGCGUGGAGCAGAAACGCGAGGUGUUCUACGAGCGCGACGGACUUGUGCACUAUGCGGGGACGUACAUCUGCCACUCCGGUCCCUCCUCGCUGCAGCUCAAGGAGCUCGGCAAACUCAAGACCGAGAUCCUGGUCAGGGCGAUCGCGCGGGAAACACGGAAAGCCAAAAAGAACAAGAAAGCCGAGCGCGAGCUGGUGACGAUCGAGCAGCUCUAUCGCGAGGGCGCCCUCACUGUGCACGUCCUAGGGCUCGAGCGCAUCGGCUUCAACAGUGCGCUCUACACCCGCCUCGCGUCGCGCUACCGCAAAUCCCAGCCGGCUAUACCGCGCGCGCCCAUCGUCCCUGUACAGAACAACGAUCUUCCGGAACCCUACUACGAGGCUGACGAUCUUCCGGAGCCGUACUACGAGGAUGACGAUAUGCCGGAACCGUACCACGAGGAGGAUGAUCUCCAUGAACCGUACUACGGGGCCCCGCCGGUACAGCCCGCUCCCAUGGCAGACCGCAACCACUGGUACUACGGUGCCCAGCAGGUCCCAGUCGCUCCCGUCCCAGGCCCUAGCCACGCGCCCUACGUGGCUCCCCCGACGGCGCCUGUCGCGGGCCCCAGUCGCGUGCAAUACGCGGCUGCGCCUAGAGCGCCCAUCGCGAGUAACCUCAUCCCGCCGCCGUCCUACAUUGCGAACAUCGCACAGAAGUGGCCGAAGCGCGCGCGCGAGGACGAUGGGUUUGACCGGCUCGAACGGGCUGCGAAGUACGGCCGGGCGUCGUCGUCGGACUAUGGCAGGGAGAACGACGAGGGGUACCUCUUCCACCUGGGGAGCAAUUACUAUCGGGAUACGCUGGGGGAUGAUGAUUACUAGUGAACGACUCGGACGCGGCGAACUCGACUUGAUUGCUCCUCGACACCCUAAACUUUACAAUAACAUCAAACCUAUACUAUCGCGACCCAAUUGCUUCAAGCCUUAGUACGGCACUUAGGUCUACGUGCUAGUUCAUAACUUAUCGUCUACUUAUGUUCGCGCCCGCCACAUGUAUCCC